GAGUCUGCGUGUGUAGCGGGAGAUGGAACCGCGCGUGGACCGCGUCAGAGCGAACAGAGUCCGGCGGGGAGCGUGAGGCGUUGAAGGGAGGGAGGACCGGGGCGUAUCGGUCACACUCUGGGCUCAUUCUGCUCCCUGAAGCACGCAUGUUGGUGAGCAGCGACCGGGUCCCGGGGGGGACUCUCCCCGCCCCGCAGAACCCCGCAGAACUGGACGAGCUGUCGCCCCUUACGUCGGAGAACUGCUACGAGCGACUGGCUCUGGCCAAGAGGCAGGGCCUGGUGGACCUGAAGGAGCGCUGCUACGCCUUCAUGAGCGACCACUUCCUGGCGGUGCUGCGGACCCCCACGGUGUACGGGCGCCUCACGGCGGGGGAGCGGGAGCACGUGCUGGCGCGGCGCCUGGGCGGCAAGAGGCUGCUGGCCGUGGCGGAGGUCGACGAGGCGCAGGACAGGGUGCUGGGGGGCGGCAGCAGACCCCCCAGCCGGGACAGCAGCCGACCCCAGAGCCCCCUGGACCCCCAGAGCCCCCUGGAGCCCCAGAGCCCCCCGGGGUCGAGCCCGUCCCCGGAGGACCCGCCGCAACACCGACGUCACAUUUUCUGCUACGAGGAGCAGACAAAGGAGUGGCGCGCGCUGACCGCGCUGCCGGAGCAGGUGAGCACGCGCGGCGCGGGCAUGUGCACGCUCUACAACUACCUGUUCGUGGCGGGGGGGCUGGUCAGGGGGGGCGGCGGCAGCAGGGCGUCGGACCGCGUCUUCUGCUACAACCCGCUGACAGACGCCUGGAGUGAGGCACGCCCCCUGACGCAGGCGCGCGCUCAGCUUAAGCUCGUAGCCGUGGACGGCCACCUGUUCGCGGUGGGCGGAGAGUGCCUGUUCACGGUGGAGCGCUACGAUCCGCGCGUGGACCGCUGGACCCCCGUGGCGGCGCUGCCCAGAGGCGCGUUCGCGGUGGCGCACGAGGCGACUGCGUGCGGGGGGGACCUGUUCGUGUCCGGCGGCUCGCUCUUCUACCGCCUGCUGCGCCUCGACGCGCGGCGCGGUGAGUGGGAGGAGUGCGCCUUCAACGACAGCCGGAAGAAGUCAACGGACAUGGUGGCGCACGGGAGCUCCAUUUACCGCUUCGACGUAAACCGCGCGCACAGCAGCGUGAACGUUUGCAAGUACAACACGGUGGUGAGGGCGUGGCAUGACGGCGCGUCCCAUGCGCUCGAAGCCGCGCAGCCGUUCCGCUGCGCCGUGCUGGGGGACCGCAUCUUCUGCGUCAACAGGUCCCACGUGCUGCAGUUCGAGGUGGGCGGGGGCCGGGAGCGCUUCCUCCCGGAGGUCCUCGAGACCCCGGCCGGAGCCCGCGGGGCGCUGGUCCCCUUCGUCCUCUCUCUCGGCCAAUCAGACUGAACCGCCACGCAGCACCGAUAGAACCGACUAUAAAACACCGUACUCGGUCCAGUAGGACUGAUUCAGUGGUCUGAAGGUCUCAAUGCUUAAUAGGGAACUUUAUAACUGUUCCUUGACUUGAGUACGCAUGCUCAGUCAAUGGGCGAAGGGAAUCUUCCACAGUGCCGUGUAGGCACCGUGUAGGCACACAAGGCACUGCUGCACUAUGACCCUCCAUGACGUCUAGACUGUUUGACUUUAUGAAUGUUUCUGCUGCUUCGUGUUCUCUGGAGUUGGACUUCUCUGGUGCUGUCCCUGUAACACUAAUCCCCCUAUCACUAACCCCCUACCCCUAUAUCAGUUACCCCCCUAUCACUCACCUCCCCUAUUACUAAUCCCCCCCUACCCUUAACCCCCCAAUAACUAACCCCCCUAACCUUAACCACAAUAUCACUAACCCCCCAUCAUACGUAACACAAACCCCAGCUGUCGUGUUGUCGACUUCGGGUUUUUUGGCGGGAUGCUACACGCUAACCACGAGCCAAGCCUGUGCUUGCUAGCUAACAUUAUCUUAGAAGUGGUAACGGUUUGGUUCCUUUGGUUCGGAUCAGCGUGUCCUGAUCACCUUCUCUAGUGCAUCCUGGGAAAUACGCACCGGAAAAGUCCUGCUCCUGUUAAUGUGGCCAAACACGAAAAGGGGCGGGUUCUAACACAGCUCCGCCCUCUCUCUCUUCCGAGGUUCCCUAUUGGUUGAUUAUGACCAGAAGCGUUCCUGUUUGUUUGAAUGUCUAAACUUCUUAUCUUUCUACGACUAACGUGCUAACUCUUCUACUCUUCUUCAGCGAGGCCUUUGAGCGAGGGAAUGUCGUUUAGCGUUCGCCAAUGUAGCCUGGAAAUAAAAAAAACACUUUACUGGAAACAUCCGCUGUGUUUACUACUUUGGUGUUUUGUUUGAACCCCAGGCGGUGAGCUACGUUUCCAUGGAGACGGACCGCCCGGGGUUUAUUUCCAUGGAGAUGCAGCAGGACUCAGCAUGUCUGUUUAUGUGUGUAACGUCCUUGGCUGCAGAAACCGGCUGAACAGUGAAAACUCUCCGAUCCGGUCGAACCACAGCCUCACCGCAGUCCUAGACCCAGAGAAAGGGCUUCUACAUUUUUGUUCUGAGAUAUGAAGGUCCGUUGGUCUCUGACACGACCAGCUGGGUGAGAGUUAAGGUGGCUGUGUCUCCACGGGACGCGUUCGCGGCCGAUAAGGAGACUGCAUACUGCGUCUUUAAAGAAUUCGAACAACCCUCAGAAAAUGUACAAACUAGAAGAAAAUCAUCAGAUGAAGACAGUUUUUAGUGCCUUGUUUUUUGAAUAUUUUUAUCUUUAGUUUUUUUUAUAUUUGGAUUAAUUACCAAGUUGAUAAUUUUUUAUGUUCAAUUUCGUAAGAAGACCCUAACUACAGAAUCUAAGGGUGUAGUUCAGUAACAUUGAGGCAACAGAGCCAUCUUCUGGUGGUUAUAAAAAAAAGCAACAUCUAUUUGAGAGGUUUAUCACACAUAUUUCACUUUAUCACAUGAAACUGUCUAGAUCUGAAUAUCAUAUCAAAUUAUUUAUAUAUUUUGAUUUCAUGCCCUGUUGAUAAAGGGAAGCGUAGGUCUACAUUAAAUCACACGCAACGGUUCUAAUUUGCUGAGAAAUGACACC